UGUACCUAUGUAUCGGGUCCUGUGACCACAGGCGACCUCAGUCCCCCGAACCAUCUUUGCAGCUUCUCAAACGCACACCCAGGGCCCUUUCUCUCCAGAGGUGUGAAACUACAUCUCCCGACAGGCGGCGUUGUCCCCUUCCUUCCUCCCUCUCCCAGGCCCGAGCCAUGGCAACAGCGUGACGUGGGGGUACAGAGAGCUGCGGGAUCAGCGGUCCUGGCUUCAAUUAUAGUCUACCCGGCAGCCUGGACAGGAGCAAGGCGAGAGGUGCUGCAGCCUCCCGCCGCCCCUGGGCUGGGGGGCCCCGAACCAGCCCGGCGGGUGCCUACUACCGCUCCUUCUUUGGAGUGAGGAGGACGCAGCCAGUGUCAGAAAGGCACAGGCAGGGUCGCGCGCAUGGCCUGGGCGGGCGCGCGGCGGGUCCCGGCUGGGACGCGCGCGGCGGCCGAGCGCUGCCGCUGCCGGCUCUCGCUCCGCUCGGGCGCGCGCCCGGCCCCGCCCCCAGGCCCUUCGCCGCCACCAAUGAGGUUUCUGACCUCCUGCAGCCUCCUCUUGCCUCGGGCUGCUCAGAUCUUGACGGCAGAGGCUGGCUUACCUUCCAGCCGUUCCUUCAUGGGAUUUGCUGCCCCCUUCACCAACAAGCGAAAGGCUUACUCGGAGCGUAGAAUUAUUGGGUAUUCAAUGCAGGAGAUGUAUGAGGUGGUGUCCAAUGUCCAGGAGUAUCGCGAGUUUGUGCCCUGGUGUAAGAAGUCUCUGGUGGUAUCCAGCCGUAAGGGUCACUUGAAAGCCCAACUGGAGGUUGGCUUUCCACCUGUCAUGGAACGUUACACCUCUGCAGUUUCCAUGGUCAAACCUCACAUGGUCAAGGCUGUUUGUACUGAUGGCAAGCUCUUCAACCACUUAGAGACCAUUUGGCGAUUCAGCCCUGGUAUUCCUGCCUAUCCCCGAACCUGCACUGUGGACUUCUCGAUUUCCUUUGAAUUUCGCUCUCUGCUGCACUCCCAGCUGGCCACCAUGUUUUUCGAUGAGGUUGUCAAACAGAAUGUUGCUGCCUUUGAGCGUCGGGCAGCCACCAAGUUUGGUCCAGAAACAGCCAUCCCCCGUGAACUAAUGUUCCAUGAAGUGCACCAGACUUGAGGCAAGGGAUUGUUCCCUAGCCUCCCUUUUAUCCCUCUUCCCUAUCCAAUUCUCUUAUUUAUUUGGUUUGGCUCCUGCUCCAGUUUGAGAGGAGUCUGUGUUCGUAAUACUGUUUCUCCUCUCAAUUCCCUAGAAAUUGAGUUCUAUGCAGGCUGGAAAUGUAGGGGGAAACAGAAGGCAAAGGAUGUGGAAAUGAGAUAUGCCUAGGAAACGGUCAGGCCCACUGUGGGAGCACCAUGUGCCUGCAGACUUUUCACUACGAAUUAGAAUAAGGACUAUGUGGUUGUCUCUGGGCCUUAUCACACACAUCUUAGUGUCUGACCAGGGGAAGAUAGUUUAACUUUUCUAAGCAUUGAAUAAAUUGAGCUUUUCUUCUGGCAUAGAGGUACUGAGUGGUAACUUUUACCUUGCCUGAGAUUCCUCAGGAUAAAAGGCAACCUGCCUCCAGCCUGAAAUACAUAAAGCCUCAUUUUAAGACUGUAAGUCCAUGCUUCCUGGCUACUAGACAGCAAGGGGCUUUCUUACCAUCAGUGCCGAGGAGAAAAGUACUAAACAGGGUUGUCUUUGUACUCUUGAGUUGUACCUUAUUCUUCCACUUGGCCUGAAUUUUUAUAAAAUUUCAAUAAAUUGUGACAGUGUGAAA